AUGAUCGUUCUUCCAGGGGACGUUCUCCCCAUCCCCUCAUCUUCAUCGGUCAAACUCGGCCCCGGCCUCCUCCCAACGCCGCACACCUCCACCCUAACCGCCAUACGCCCUGGCUCCAUCGGCAUUCUUCCCUCCACCAAAACGACCUCCACCGCGGCAUGGGUCGAAACGAACACCCACCGCUACGUACCCUCACCCUCCGACCCUGUCAUCGGUCAGAUCACCGCUCGUUCCGCAGAAGGCUAUACCGUGACCCUCUUUUCCGCGCACACGGCCACUUUGCCCGCCCUGUCCUUCGAAGGAGCCACCAAACGACACAGACCAAACCUCAAGAUCGGCUCCCUCGUGUACGCGCGCGUCGUGUCCGCAGAUCGGUUCACCGAACCCGAACUAACCUGUGUCAACCCCGUCACGGGCAAGAGCGACGGCUUUGGAGAUCUCAAGACGACCGAUGAGCGGGGGGAACGGAACGGCGUGGCGAUGCUAUUCAGGGUGAGCGUAGGAUUGUGUAGGAGUUUGCUCAGGCCAGGGAAUGGGGUGUUGAAGAGUGUUGCCGCGCACUGCGCGUUCGAGGCUGCGGUAGGGGCGAAUGGAGCGGUGUGGGUGCGAGCGGGGGAGACGAGGCACGUGUUGGCCGUGGGAAAGGUGCUCAGCGAGGCAGAUGCGGGGAAGACGGUGUGCGAUGCGGACGAGGUGGUGGAUGACGGGGAGGAGGUCGACGCGGAAUAUGUGGUCAAGAACAGAGGUAGGGAGCUCGAUCCCAAGCGGAUCAAGGCCAUUGUGGGAGAGUUCUUGUAA